AGCAGGUAGUGUAAAUAGACUUUGGUGUGUAAACAAACCAGUCUGCAAGGAGCGAUAGCGUACGGGAGUCAGUUCCGCAUUCAGGUGAAGUCGAAAACGGCGAAAGACAUGGCGAGUUCAUUCUCAAGGAGUUCAAUGAUCUUGUUUUUGUGUUUACUCGGAUUUUUUGCAGUACAAGCAAGGCGACUGCCAUCCUUCAACGUGCUCAAAGGCUCGUACCCAGGGAAUAGCAAAUGGGGAGGAGUUUAUUCUGAUGACGGGCUACUGGAAGCCGUAGGAGCAGCAAACCUGACGUACAUGCCGAACGAUACUUGUCCGUUAAGAAUCAGCACCAUGCUUAAUCUAAUAUCGUAUCACGCCAUCACUACAUUACCACCAGGGUUAAAGGAGGAGCAAUAUUUUACCAAGACAUUUGAAAACAAGAAAACCAAUUCCAGUGCAAAUAUCUAUUUUCUGAUGGACAUCGAUGCUUUGAUUGCUCACCUUGAAAAAGUUUACGGAGUCCCUCUGGAAAGUAAUAAGCCAUCAGCCUUUGUGGGCCGAAAAGGCAUAAUGCUGAUGAACGUUACCGAGGGUACUGAUGCUUGUAGAGCACUAUUAUGGGAUGGUUAUGGCUUCCAUCAGGCCACAGGCUACCUCGCACAUACCAAUAUGAGUCACGUGUUCUUUUGGCAGACGCCAGACGAACAGUGCACAAUUAACAUCAAGUCAGACAGUGGCGGGGGAUUGUGUUUCUCCUCAGAAUCGACAGUAGAGCUUGAGACUGGCCAGAAGGUCAGAAUGAACGACCUCGAAGUGGGCCAACGAGUCAAAACUAUCAACGCUGAAGGAGAUACAGUCUUUACCCAGGUAGUGACGUUCCUGGACAAAUCCGACCAGCAUGCAGGUCAAUAUCUCACAAUAUUCACCCAAUCAGGACAACGUAUCACCAUGAAACCUGCCCACCUGAUAUUCAGGCUCGAAACCGAUGUCACUUCCAAAACACUGUUCAAAAGUAAGGCCGUCUACGCCUCCACUAUCAAACCCGGUAACUAUGUUUAUUCCCAGGCCUCUGGAGCAGGGUCAGCUAUCGCGGAUAAGGUUGUCGCAGUAGCCCUGGGCGAUGCUAGAGGAGCUUUUGCACCAGUCACCACUGAAGGAACGUUAUUUGUGGACGGUGUCCUUGUUUCAUGUUUUGCAGACCUUACAGAUCACCACCUGGCACAUUCUCUCAUGAGACCAUUUCGUGUCAUUUAUGGUUUGGCUCCUAAUUCCUUGGGGGCUGYCGGACAUCACCUACAUAAAUACCUGAAGGCUAUCAUUCGUCCAAUCGGCUUGAAGAUCCUUGGUGAAGAUCAGUUCUACAAGGGUCUCUUUCAUGGCCAGAAAACUAAUACAAUCGAUGGCUAACUAAAACGAGCUCAGUGUACUCGUCGACGAUUAUGCAAUAUUAACAGAUACGAAACUGCUUUGCUUGCUACGCUUCUUCUUGAUACAUUUUAAAACCAGAGUUAAGAUAUUUGAGAAAAAACCUUUAGAAAAGCACUAGCACAAAUAUCAGUAUUAAUCACCAAAUCAUCAAGUUAGCAUACUCACAUUUUCCACCUUUUUUAUUGACGCUAAUUUUGUAAACUGCUAUAUGUAAAGUACAUUCACAAACACUUCUCCAGUAAUAAACCCAAAUUACCCAGAAUAUGGGCCAUAUAUUGUUGAGGCUUGGGUCUUAAUAGUGGACUUGAGUCGUUACAUUGUAGAGACUUGGUCAAUACAUUGUGAAAACUUG